AGGAGAAUGGCUGUCAUAGCAGAAAUCUGUAACUAAUUGAGAUCUUGAAUUGGAUGCAGACUGUCCUUGCCACCUAACUUAUCAUGGUUAGGGGGAGGGUGGGAAUCCACUUUUGAUAAAAGACAAAUUUUUUUUCCUCCCCAAGUGACUAUACGUUUAAAUAGCUAAAACAUCUGUGCAGCAACCUAGUAAAACAUGUAUACUCGGAAUGCUUGAGCAAAAAGCCUGCCAAACAAUUGCUUGAGAGGGACUUUGCUGAGGGAGAGCACCAAGAUAAAGCAACUGCUGUUUGUUUUGUCUAGUCAAAGGCGAGCCAAGGCAACCAAUAUUUUGAGUUUCUUUUAUUUCAUUUGUGAAGGAUUAUUUGAGAAAGGGUGUCGAGGGGAAGUUUCCUGACAGGAAUUUUUAAAGCUGUCUAUUAGCAGACGAGCAAGAGAGUCUUGAAUAUCAAACGCCUGACAAACUUUUGAGACCAGCCACCAAACCACGAAAAGUGACUUUCCUUCUAAGUCUUCUCUCCAGCCCUUCUGAUGGAAGCAGAAACAGGGAGCACCAUGGAGACUGGAAAGGGGACCAACCGAGGCAUUCGGAUUGCACUGGCCCUGUUUAUUGGUGGCACCCUGGUGUUGGGCACACUGCUCUUUCUAGUGAGUCAAGGUCUCCUAAGUUUCCAAGCUAAACAGGAGUACUGUCUGAAGCCAGAAUGCAUAGAAGCCGCUGCUGCCAUCAUGAGCAAAGUAAAUCUUUCUGUGGAUCCUUGUGAGAAUUUUUUCCGGUUUGCUUGUGAUGGCUGGAUAAGCAAUAACCCAAUUCCUGAAGAUAUGCCAAGCUAUGGGGUUUAUCCUUGGCUGAGACACAAUGUUGACCUCAAGUUGAAGGCACUUCUGGAGAAAUCAGUCAGCCGAAGGCGGGACACUGAAGCCGUACAGAAAGCCAAAAUCCUCUACUCAUCCUGCAUGAAUGAGAAAGCAAUUGAAAAAGCAGAUGCCAAGCCACUGCUCCACAUCUUGAGGCAUUCACCUUUCCGCUGGCCAGUGCUUGAAGCUAAUAUUGGUCCUGAAGGGGUUUGGUCAGAGAGAAAAUUCAGUCUACUGCAAACACUGGCAACGUUCCGCGGUCAAUACAGCAAUUCUGUGUUCAUCCGUUUGUAUGUGUCCCCUGAUGACAAGGCAUCCAAUGAACAUAUCUUGAAGCUGGACCAAGCAACACUCUCUCUGGCUGUAAGGGAAGACUUCCUGGAUAACACUACUGAAGCCAAAUCUUAUCGGGAUGCCCUUUACAAAUUCAUGGUGGACACUGCUGUGCUUUUAGGAGCUAAUAGCUCUCGAGCUGAACAUGACAUGAAGUCGGUGCUUAGACUGGAAAUUAAGAUAGCUGAGAUAAUGAUUCCACAUGAGAACCGAACCAGUGAGGCUAUGUAUAACAAAAUGAACAUCUCAGAACUCAGCGCUAUGAUUCCCCAGUUUGACUGGCUGGGCUAUAUCAAGAAGGUCAUUGAUACCAGACUCUACCCACACUUGAAAGACAUUGGUCCCUCGGAGAAUGUGGUGGUCCGCGUCCCACAGUACUUUAAAGAUUUGUUUAGGAUAUUAGGUGCCGAGAGGAAGAAAACCAUUGCCAAUUAUUUAGUGUGGAGAAUGGUUUAUUCCAGAAUUCCAAACCUCAGCAGGCGCUUUCAAUAUAGAUGGCUAGAAUUCUCAAGGGUAAUCCAGGGGACCACAACUCUGCUGCCUCAGUGGGACAAAUGUGUCAACUUUAUUGAGAGUGCACUCCCAUAUGUUGUGGGGAAAAUGUUUGUGAAUGUUCACUUCCAGGAGGAUAAGAAGGAAAUGAUGGAAGAAUUGAUUGAGGGUGUUCGCUGGGCCUUCAUUGACAUGCUGGAGAAAGAAAAUGAAUGGAUGGAUGCAGGGACAAAAAGGAAAGCUCAAGAAAAGGCAAGAGCUGUUUUGGCAAAAGUUGGCUAUCCAGAGUUUAUAAUGAAUGAUACUUAUGUUAAUGAAGACCUCAAGGCAAUCAAAUUUUCAGAAUCGGACUACUUUGGCAACGUACUGCAAACCCGCAAGUAUUUAGCACAGUCUGAUUUCUUCUGGCUAAGAAAAGCUGUUCCCAAAACAGAGUGGUUUACAAACCCAACAACAGUCAAUGCCUUUUACAGUGCAUCUACCAACCAGAUACGAUUUCCUGCUGGAGAGCUGCAGAAGCCUUUCUUUUGGGGAACAGAAUACCCUCGAUCCCUGAGUUAUGGUGCUAUAGGAGUAAUUGUGGGCCAUGAAUUUACACAUGGAUUUGAUAAUAAUGGUAGAAAAUAUGAUAAAAAUGGAAACCUUGAUCCGUGGUGGUCUGUGGAAUCAGAAGAAAAGUUUAAGGAAAAAACAAAAUGCAUGAUUAACCAGUAUAGCAACUAUUAUUGGAAGAAAGCCGGCUUAAAUGUGAAAGGGAAGAGGACCCUGGGAGAAAAUAUUGCUGAUAAUGGGGGUCUGCGAGAAGCUUUUAGGGCUUACAGGAAAUGGAUAAAUGAUAGAAGACAGGGAGUUGAAGAGCCCCUCCUACCAGGCAUCACAUUCACCAACAAUCAGCUCUUCUUCCUGAGUUAUGCUCAUGUAAGGUGCAAUUCCUAUAGACCAGAAGCUGCCAGAGAACAAGUGCAAAUUGGUGCUCACAGUCCUCCACAAUUUAGGGUCAAUGGUGCCAUUAGCAACUUUGAAGAAUUUCAGAAAGCUUUUAACUGUCCACGAAAUUCCACUAUGAACAGAGGUGCAGAUUCCUGCCGACUCUGGUAGCUGGAGUGCUGGUUUCUGCCUUCCUGGCAUAGCUGAGGAAUGCCAGUAGAGGACGCAUUAACAUACUUAGCACCUACUGCUUUCUGCCUAUAUUUCCUUGAAGACUUUUAUUUUUAAUGCAUUUUCAUUAUUUGGGUAGAUGAUUUGCUUCGAUCUAAACAGUAUCUGUUCAAAGUCAUUGGGUUUAUAAAAGGAAUUCAAGAACUGAGCCAAAUACUUUUCUUUUCUUUUCUUUUCUUUUCUUUUCUUUUCUUUUCUUUUCUUUUCCUUUCCUUUCCUUUCCUUUCCUUUCCUUUCCUUUCUUUUCUUUCUUUCUUUCUUUUUUUUAAAGAAAGCCAAACCAAUGAAAAAAAAGUGUCAAGGCUAUUUGGUUAAACUGCUCCUGGCGAUGUCCCUAUUAUCCAUUUCUGUUAACCACAGCUCGGUGGUACAUGACAUUUCAAUCUACAGCUUUGCAGGGGGCCUGAGUAGAGUGUAUCCAUAGAAAGGAUCAGUCAAUGAAAAUUGUCACCCUCAAUGAUAAAGACGUGUGCCCUAUGGUGUACAGUUAUUACACAACAUUUCUUAAUUCUAAGGUAGUUAAAUUAGAAAUGUGUUGGAUCUUCAUUUUAUAAUUUCUUUUCUUUUUUUCAAUUUUUAUUAGAUAUUUUGUUCAUUUACAUUUAAAAUGUUAUCCUGAAAGUCUCCUAUACCCUCCCCUCACCCUGCUCCCCUAACCACCCACUCCCACUUCUUGGCCUUGGCGUUCACCUGUACUGGGGCAUAUAAAGUUUGCAAGACCAAGGGGCCUCUCUUCCCAAUGAUGGCCGACUAGGAAGUUUUUCUCUUCAGGUUUGGAGUCUAUUGGACAAUUGUAUCUCAGAACUUCCAUCCGAUGUAGCUAACUGCCCUGUUUAAGUAAGCAUGAACAAACAUGGCAUAAAGGUGAAGGAUUUGGGUCUAUAAAACAGGGAAAAAACCAAUACGUCUUUAACUGCCAGCAGCAUUAAAAACUAUUAACAACAACCAAUCACACAACAAUAAAGAUAGUAGGAAAUGAACUCUGCAAACGUUGAUCCAGUCCCUCUGUAUGAUGGUGAGCAUCUGUCUGAUGGAUAGCAGUCAAGGAGCAGUUCUGAUUUUGUUUUGUUCUGCUCAGCUGUGUUUAUUUCCUGACUGAAUUGAGUAGACACUGAGGAAAGAAUGUUUUGUUUCCAUGUCAGGAACAUAUGGCUUUCAUUUCCUUUUAGCAUAAUGAUAUAAACGCCACGCUGAGGAGGGGGCAAGAUGCUCUUCUGUCUCAGCCCACUUAAUGUUAACUCUCCUUAAAAGAAAAUCUUUGCAAAAGCUUCUAGAAUGAAAGCAUUUGGUAUAUCUGAAUCCAAUUUAAGCAAUCCUACCUAGAUCUAAAGGACAUAGCUUUACUCUUCACAUCUUAUGAAAGGUUUAUUUUUUUUUCUAAAAGCAGUACUGUAUUUUGAUCUUUAGAACAUUAUUUUUUUAAUCAACACCUAUAGUGUUAAUUAACUUAGUGUUAGUGUGUAUUUAUGUAGGGCAUUUUUAUCACAUUUAAGAGUAUAUGUAGGAUAAAAUUGUAAUGGCAUUGAAGUGGUGAGUACUUCUUGUUUUUUUUUUUAAAUAUUUUUAAUCUAGUAUAGGCAUUUUCCUACCCCCAACACAUUAUUCAUUGUACAUGGCGUGCUGGUUAAGUGGGCCAAUAGAAAAUUUUCAAAAGCAAAAUGACAAAUUCAGAUGAACCACAGGAGGUCAAUUUUGCAUCCUUGUGACUUGUCAUUCUUUUAUAAAAGAAAUGUAAGUGUGAACCAUAUCCUUUUGUAACCAUGGGAACUUCCAAAGAGAGAAAAAUGGAAGGACAUCAUCAUAAGGAAAACAAUUACACUGCAUUAGUCUGAGGAGAGUGAUUUUCCCCUUGACUUCCUCCUCUCCGAAUGGAUACACUUCUGAAGGGCAGCAGCCUUUUCUUCCUCUUAUCCAUGGUUUAAAGUGACCUUGGCUUGUAUUUCUAAACACAAACAGCAUCAUGUGAGGUGUUAGAAAUAUAUGUGCCUUUUCUCUGGUGUAGCCAUUCUGAUUUGUCAAUACUCAUUUUUAUUCCUGAACACCGAAGUUUGCCAGGCUUAUAUAAAUAGUGCAUUCCUUCUAAGUUUCCUUUUUAACAAUUCCAAGCAAACACAUUCCUGCAGGUCAGAGAGUGUGUUUGAGAAGACUAUAGAUUUAUGACUUUGGAAAUGGUAUUGGUUUAUUGGUUAAGGACGACUGGUUAGUGAUUAGAGUUCUCCCAGUUUCUGGAUGACAGGAUUAGUAACUAAGUAUUUUGAUCAACUUGGAUUUUCAAGAGAUACAAAAUUACUCUUAGUAGCCACACACAUUUUCUACAAGUGCUAGCUUUUUAAGUGUUUUGGUUAAACCCUUCAAACUACAAUAUUGUUCUCUGUGCAGCUUGAUUUCCUAAAGAGACACUGAUUAAAUGGUAGAGAAAGUCAGACAUAAUUGAAGAAUGGAAGAAAAGCAGGGGGAGCUAGCCUAAGGAAAACAAGACAGCAUCUUUUUUGCUCCUUGAUAUACAUGUUCACUGGAGGAGAACCAAAAAGUCUUUAAAAAUAAUUAUGGUAAAUCAAAGGGAAAUUAAAUAUUGGAUCUCAGACUAGGGCUACAGCAACACACUGCUCUGACUCAUAUAGCAGCUGUUCUGCAAGUGGAUUAUUAACUGGGCAUUUGAAGGAGUUUUUCUUUUUUAAUGUGUGUGGAAUUCUCUUUUGUGAGUCAAGGACUCUGUAGAUUUAAAGCUGUGUUGUUUGGCCUUACUACCGUUGUCCAAAGUUUGCUGAGUUUUUCACCAAAUACUCAGUAUAGGCCUCCUAUUCCUGCCUCACUCUCUUUUAUUAGAUGGAUUGGGGCAUGACUGCUGUAAGAUCAGAUUUCAUAAAUUAUCCUCAAGCUUAUUUAGUGCCUUACGUCAAUGGAGCUUAAAGCAUAGCCCAUAAAUUUUAUCUUAUUUAGCCCUAGAGCAUCACUAAGAAGAAACUAGGAACUAAGGCUCAGCAGACAGAGAGUGCUCAUGCCAAGAGAAAUGGGAAAGCUUAGAAUUGCUUGUCCAAGAUCUCAGGGCAUGGAAGGACAGGUUUUGUGCUUCGGGAUACUGAUCUUUGGAUUAACUUGCAUCUCUUAGAGUAUCUUCUUUUCUAAUAUGUUUAUUCCACCAGCAUUUCUAAAAUUGCUUAUCAUUUGGUAGCCACUGCCUUUGAUAUUUUUAGCAUAAUGUCACAGUACAUCUUAAAUUGUGGAAAACUGCAUGAUUGUUCCAUGGAAUAACAUCUUUAUCACUAGUGGCAAUGCUUUAUUGGUUUUAAGAAAGAUGUUCUUGUACUGUGCAGUUUAAAAACAAUCUAUGUCAUUACUAUCAGACUGGUUUGGUUGUGAUUUUUUUCCUUUGUGAAGCAAUGAGAAUCAUUAUUUUAAGGACAAUAAAACAUUUGUUGAAGGUU